UCUAGAUGGCAAAUUGUUCUCAAGAAGAGAAGUGGCAGAGGGCUCGAGCUCUGCUUAGACAGCGUGAAGCAAUAGAAGAGGAAAUAAAGAGUAUUUCUUCCAUGUUGACGGGUCCAGGUGGUCCUGGUCUGCAUGGUAACCUUGUAGACUCCGAAGGCUUCCCGCGCAACGACUUGGACAUCAUCUCAGUGAGAUCUCAACGGCAACGGAUCGCGCACCUAUAUACUGACCAUAAGAGUAUUACUGACGAACUGGAACAGCUUCUGCACUCGAUCUUAGGAAGAGGAAGUGAAUCAAUCAGUGUUACAAGAUCAAGUUUGUCAGAAAAGGAGCCAUUGACGUUAAAUAGUACGCAUCUUCAAGUUUCAGAUCCUGACUCAGUCGUUCUUGCACCGCUUGGUAAGCCGUUUGCAUUGGUGGACCGAAUAGUCACAGCCUCACCUGCUGACCUUGCCGGAAUGAAAGACGGUGACCGUAUCAUUGCGUUUGCGAAUAUUAGUACGGAGACUAAGGGAAGUGAAAUAGAAGCUUACCGUUCGUUAGCUCCAACUGUUCGUGACUUUUCGCAUGUUUCUGUUCCUGUUGCAGUGGAAAGAGUAGACCCUGAAACCCACCAAACUCUUAUCGUUCACUUAGACAUAACUCCGUUGCCGUGGGACGGUCCUGGCUUGUUGGGUUGUAGUAUUCGUCAAUUAUCUUCGGAAGCUCCUGGACAGUAGUCUAAUAAAAGUUACUGUGACUUU